AUUUUAUAUUCUGCCCGAUCCACCACGAUGGAUGAGGUCGUGUCCAUGCUGCGGGCGGACGACCAGCUGCGAGUCUUCUUGAAGCCUGACGGAGUGGACAUUGCGGCGAUCGCAAGCGAUAUCAUUGCCCAAGACUCGACCAAUUCGACAACGACGAGCGCGUCGGAGGACUUCAGUCACAAGCUCACGGUGGCAAUGAAGCGGAUCGACGAGUCGAUUGAAGGAUACAUCAAUGUUUCCCAUACGGACUUGCUCGGGCAAGUGGGCUCUGUCGAUGGGCUCAAGGCCAAAGUGACACGACUGCACACAGACGUUCACGACGUCCAAGCCGCGAUCCAACGCAUGGACAGCGACAUCCACAAGGCCCACCAAAGGUUGCAGCGCACAGUCUACCAGCUCCGCAAUGUUGACUUGUGCAGUUCCGUGUUACAGCGCGUCUUGCGCUUUCAAGCAUUGCUCGCCAAGCUGCAGCAGGUGCAGCUCCCGCCUUUGCCGACCUCGGCUUCCAGUAUUAACUCUGCAAACAUAUACUCGACCGCGUCGCUGGCCCUCCGCGAAGCCGAACUCCUCAUCGCAGACGAACACGACGCCUUUCAAUCCCUCGCCGUCGUCGCGCCGGGACUUCCCCUUCUGCGGACGUGGCGCACAGACCUGACCAAGCACAUGAAGGCACUCCUUCGACUCGGGAUGACCGGGAUGGACCAAGUUGCGAUCGGUAGCGCACUCCAGAUCCUGUUUCAGCUUGGCCCGAUGACAUUGUCGGAGCAUGUUCAAGGCGCCGUCAACGCGGUGCUGGAAGAAGUAGAAGCAAAGUGCACCCAAAGUUUGCAGGAGGCGUCGUUCGACGAGUCCAAGCUCAAGGCGGACGUGUGGGCCGCCCUGCAGACCGUUCUGAAUACCUUGUCAGCAUAUGCCAUGCAAGUGUGGAAUCUCCAGCGCGUGCUGAUCAAGUCGUCGACGGCAACGACGGCCGCUCCCUCUUCCCGGUCUCCCGCCACACCUUCGACGACGUAUCUGUCGUUGGUCCUCGCGCCGGACGAACCGACUCUGUUUGCCACAUUCUGGGACAUCUCAUGUGCCCUUGUGCGCGACCUGUUGAGCCAAACCCUCGAGUACAAGGCGUCCGUUGCUGCUGUCAUCGUCGGGUACUACCCAAAACUCCGUGUCGAAGCGCAGGAAGUCGUUACGACUCUGCACACAACGUCCGCUCGGCUCAGUUUGGACUCCUUGAUCGUGUGCGGGACCCUCGCUGAACGGGAUCAAUUGGUUGCCACCGCGCUGGCGCCGCUGCUUGAAGCGUACCAAAAGCGGUCGUUCCAACGCAUGGCGAGUCCGAUUCAACUCAUGUUUCCGCAGUCAUCCAACUACCAUGCAUCCCCGCCAAGCCGCAGCGACAUGACGACUUUGCUCAAGAUCAUGGCACAGGAACUCGACGUCGCAGGCUCGGACGAUGCGUUCCGAUCGGCCAUUCUCGUAGGCGUCAAGCAGAGCGUGGAUCUGUUCUGCCGGAGUGUUCGCGGCAUGGCACACCCGUCGCUACCACUUCCACCAACGGCCAAGCGAACGCCAGCGCAGGCCCACAACGUCGGACUGGUUGGCGUGUGUGUGCAGCUCGAGGAGGCCCUUCAUGAGUGGCCGGAGCUUGAUGCGGCCCGAGAGUCGAUCCAAGCACUGGCACUGCGCCUACUGGGGCAAUACCUGACUGAAUUGGCGGUGAAACUUGAAGCAGUCCUUGCAAAGAUGCACCACGAAACGUAUGCAGACAGCAUGGCCGCCGCUCCGCCAGCGUCCGCCAUGGUCAGUUCUCGAUUCAUGGUUGAGUUCGCAUCCGUUUUUCAUGUCGUGGAAACCGAGCACUUGGCCCGACUGGGACUUGACCCCGACGUGUUGUGCCGUCGAACGUGUUUGAGUGAAUUCAGCACCCGGUUGCUGUCGCACGCGACGCGGCAACUGGCGCUCGUCAGACCGCUCGGGGAAGUCGGCAAGUGCCGCCUCGCCAGCGACAUGGCGCAGUUCGAGAUGGUCCUGGCCAACUCGUUGGAGCUUUCCGGUCUUGCGCUCGAAGAGUUUAAAGCAUUCCGGCACUUGCUCUUUGUAGACACGGCCAACGUGACGCGCGACGGUCGGUUGGACAAAGUCCGGCCGUCGAAUGUGUGCCAUCAUCUGCUCAGCCGUGGACCCGCCGGGCUCCAAGCGCCUUGGCAAGCCAAGGGGUGGACGAUCCCGGCGUACGUAGCAUGGAUGGAGACGCAGGCAGGGCUGACGCAGUACAGUCCGGUGGUCCUGCCGUCCGACAUGCCGCUGGGCGUGGCCUGUUGGAAAGACCGCGCAUUGGCCAUGGCAGCAGAAGACUCGAUUUGGAAAGAAAUACUCGCGUGCUUGGACUCGUAUGCCCAGCGCAGUAGCGCGCGCGGCAAUCGCGACGUUGACUCGAUUUACGAAGUCCUCAUGGAUGCCGGACCGUCGCUUCUCGCUGGGUAUGAGGUGGCGACGAAGGCAUACCUGUAUCCGCCUACCGCGCGCGUGGAAUGAUGGACGCAUCACACAAAUAAAUGUCGUGUUAAUUGCGUGCUGGUGCAAGAUUUGGAAGCGGGUCAUCACAGAUCGGUAGAGAUGGGCGUCGUGGUUUGGAUCGAAGAGGAGACCACGUUGGCAGUGGAGCCACUAGAUGUGUUGAUGGUCGGACGCCUUUUCAGGCGGGUGUCGCACACCACUCGGAGCGAUUCGCGUGCUCGGGCACUCCAUUGCAACGCUUCCGUUUCUGCGUCAAGGAGAUUCCGUGCCUCUUCGUCGCUUUCAAGUUGGAGCAGGCGGAGUUCCUCCAGUUGGUCCGCUUCCGUCUUGUCCAGGCCCGGAAGCGAAUCGAUCACUUCGUUCGUGCGCUUGGCGCUCAGGAGCAGAUCCUUGGCCAGCCCCUUUAUUCGUUCCAGUUGCUCCGCAACAACUUCUGCAUUCGACUCGUCCUUUGCAUCGAGCGGUGGAAGCAGGCGAAGGGCGUUGAACAUGUCGAGCGUCAUUUGGUCCACGCAUUGCUGCAGCAACGUGACCUUGUCCAUACCGGCGUUCUCUCGGACGGCUGGAGAAUCGCGUCG